GACCAUUGAAACACUUCCUGUGGCUGGAAGACAGCAACCCCCUGUCAGAAGCUUUAUUUUAUUUGGAAUUUCAAGUGUAUAGAGGAUUUUCUUCCCAAAAGUUGGGAAAACCUAUAGGGAGGAGCACAUUUCUACCAGAAUAUAAUAGCAGAGAGCCUCAUAAGGAAAACUAUGCAUUUCUGAAACAACUCUCCUUCAACAAGUUCUGUUUCCAAGGAAAGUCUUAACCAUUUGUCCCUUCUGGCGUACCCUCUUCCAAUGAAAUCCAUGCAGAAUAGACCAGAGAUGGGCAGCAGUGAACCCCUUCCCAUUGCAGAAAGUGACAAGAGGAAGAAGAAGAAGCGGAAGGCCCAGGCCACUGACUCCUUGCCCGGAAAGUUUGAAGAUAUAUACAAGCUGACCUCUGAAUUGCUUGGAGAGGGAGCCUAUGCCAAAGUUCAAGGUGCUGUGAGCCUGCAGAAUGGCAAAGAGUAUGCUGUCAAAAUCAUCGAAAAACAAGCAGGACACAGUCGGAGUAGGGUAUUUCGAGAGGUAGAGACGCUCUAUCAGUGUCAAGGAAAUAAGAACAUUUUGGAGCUGAUUGAGUUCUUUGAAGAUGACACAAGGUUUUACUUGGUCUUUGAGAAAUUACGAGGAGGCUCCAUCCUGGCCCACAUCCAGAAGCGGAAGCACUUCAAUGAGCGAGAGGCCAGCCGAGUGGUGCAGGAUGUUGCUGCUGCCCUUGACUUCCUGCACACCAAAGGCAUUGCUCACCGGGAUUUGAAGCCAGAAAAUAUAUUGUGUGAAUCUUCAGAAAAGGUGUCUCCAGUGAAAAUCUGUGACUUUGACUUGGGCAGCGGGGUGAAAUUGAAUAACUCCUGCACCCCCAUAACUACACCAGAGCUGACCACUCCAUGCGGCUCUGCAGAAUACAUGGCCCCGGAGGUGGUGGAGGUCUUCACAGACGAAGCCACGUUUUACGACAAGCGCUGUGACCUGUGGAGCCUGGGUGUGGUCCUCUACAUCAUGCUAAGUGGCUACCCACCCUUUGUAGGGCACUGUGGGGCCGACUGUGGCUGGGACCGGGGAGAGGUCUGCAUGGUGUGCCAGAACAAGCUGUUUGAGAGCAUCCAGGAAGGCAAGUAUGAGUUUCCUGACAAGGACUGGGCACACAUCUCCAGUGAGGCCAAAGACCUCAUCUCCAAGCUCCUGGUUAGAGAUGCAAAGCAGAGACUGAGCGCCGCCCAAGUUCUGCAGCACCCGUGGGUGCAGGGGCAAGCUCCAGAAAGGGGACUCCCCACGCCGCAAGUCCUCCAGAGAAAUAGCAGCACGAUGGACCUGACGCUCUUUGCGGCCGAGGCCAUCGCCCUUAACCGCCAGCUGUCGCAGCAUGAGGAGAACGAACUGGCAGAGGAGUCCAAGGCACUGGCCCAGGGCCUCUGCUCCAUGAAGCUUUCCCCUCCCUCCAAGUCACGCCUGGCCCAGCGGAGGGCUCUGACCCAGGCAGGCCGAAGUGGAGACGCAGACGAGGGGCCGGGCCCAACACCCACAGCUCUCUGACCCACUCCAGUCACACCUUUCAGGCCCAGGCCUGUCUAGGCAUUGCCCCUGGAAACCUGUGAGACCAGAGUCUGCUUAGCAGGCGGAGGGACCUGCUGUGUGGCUCCAGCCAGGCUUUCUCAUUCACAGAGGCUCUGAGGUUCCCACCCAACCCCCCCAUUUCUCCAGAGACUUCAAGGAAAAAGCUUUUUCCAAAGGGGUUGUCUUUGAAAAGGAAAGCAAUCACUUGUCACUUUGCAUAAUUGCCUGAGGCAGAGACAUCUCUGCUGGGCUCCUGCCCACCUGCUCACCCGCCUGCGGAUCCUGGAUCCCGCCUGCUCUCCUGGAUGGCGGCUGGGGCGGCUGGGCUGCAGCCUUCGGGGAGCCAGCCUUGAGAAGCGUCAGUUGACAAGAGGCCCUUCCUUCCCUGCACUGUCACCCCCCCACCCCCGUCUGUCCUUCCACCUUCCUCUGUCCUCCAGAUGUCCUCCCCCUGGGCUGAGCAAAGCCAUCGCCUCAAUUCAGGGAAGGGCAGAGACACGUCACAUUUCGGAAGCCAGAUCAGUCUUCCAGUCUGUAGCUCAGAGAAGCACAUAAUCUUUCUUUGCCGUGACCGAAACGUGUCCCUCAUUUAUCAUCCUCUUUCUUGUUUGGGAUUGCUGCUAAAGUCAGUAUUAUUUCGUUUUAAAAUAAAAAAAAAUGUUUUAACCAUGCUCUUCCAGCAAAGAUGGGAGUUAAACUCCCCCUGCAAGUCCGUGGACUCGCCAGAGCAGGCAGAGGCUCCCUGUUUGCCGGAAUGCCCAUGCUUUUGGAAGGUUUUAAUCAGCUGCUUCCUAUUAUUCUAACUGGUUUUAAGCUCUCUGCUGCUGCAUCUCAGGCCUGCGGCGGAAGGAGCACGGGUCUGCCCGAUGCAGAGCCCAGUCCAAGGCAGCCCGGCUGCCUGGUCUGAGCAUCGUGGCGCUCGCCGCCACCGCAGAGCAUGAAGGCGGACCUGGCGUCGGACAAGCUGAGCUGCUGAGCUACCUAAAGAGAAUCUACAUGCAUGUCUCAGACAUUUAUACAACCCGACGAUGCUAUUAUACAUUGUGCUUGUUUUAAUAAAACUUUUGAACUGUAGUUGUGGCCUUCCUGGUAGUCCUUUCUUCACCUGCAAACCUGAAGAGGAGACAGGACCUCUAAAUAUAGCACCUCACUGGACUCAUGAAACAAGGUGAAGGAGCCCUGGCUGGUUUGGCUCAGCGGUUAGAGCAUCGGCCCAUGGACCAAAGA